AUGGCAGAGCUUGUGCAGUUGUCUGCCGACGAGCCUGCCGACAAGAAGAAGGACGACGCCGUGAAGGAAUCGGCGGAUGCCACUGUGAAGACCGAGGCGCCGCCGGAAAAAAAGGAGAAGGAUGCCAAGCCUUCUCCAGCCACCGAGAAAGCACCUGAAAAGACGGAGAAGCCAGCGCCUAAGGAAGACGAGGCAGCCACGAAGGAGCCUGAGAAGAAAGAGAAGGAGCCUGAGAAGCCAGUGAAGGAGGCACCCAAGGAAGAGAAGGCAGCCCCAAAGGAGCCUGAGAAGAAGGAGGCGCCCAAGGAAGAGAAAGCAGCCCCAAAGGUGGACAAGGAGACGGCAGAAGUGAAGAAGGAGACCCCCAAGGCAGAGAAGGCCACCGCCGAGCAGAAGAACGCGACCAGCAAAGAGGUUACGACGACCGAGGCGCCAGCUACCACAAGCGUGGCCCUCAGAUCAAAUUCCACAAUCAGAAACCUCCCUUGGUGCAUCACCGGCGCAUCGGAUGAUAGAUUCUUAGCCUACUGUGCCGGGCUGAUGAACGAGAACUUGGAUGACUAA